UCAUAAAACACUCUUCUUCUUCUUCGUCUUCUUCUUCUUCUCUCUCUCUCUCUCUCUCUGUGUAAAUAACAAGAAACCCUAGCAACAUCUAUGGCUGCCAACAAGUUUGCAACCAUGUUGCACAGAAACACCCACAAAAUCACUGUAAUCCUAGUCUAUGCAGUCCUUGAGUGGAUUCUCAUCUUCCUCCUCCUCUUGAACUCACUCUUUUCUUUUCUGAUUUCAAAGUUUGCUCACUACUUUGGACUCAAACCACCCUGCCUUUGGUGUUCAAGAGUUGAUCACAUGUUGGACCCAAACACUAGUAAAAGAAAUUCCUACAGAGAUCUUGUCUGUGAAGCACAUGCCACUGAGAUUUCCAAGUUGGGUUACUGUCCCAAUCACAAGAAACUGGCUGAUCAUCCCCAAAACCUGUGCAAGGAUUGCUUAUCCACGCACCCAAAACAAGCCGAGAAUUCCAUUGAAAUCUCAAGAAGGAUUGGCUUCUUCACAUGGGUUAGUGAGAACAGACUUGAAAAUGGUGACAAGAUCAAUUCCAAAUGUUCAUGCUGUGAUCAGAGCUUGAGCAAUAGCAAACGAGUCUACCCUUCUUUCUUGCUGUUUAAUCCCUCUUGGGGUACUUUGAAAGCUCAAGCAAUGGAUGAUGGCAAUAAUGAAAUUGAGUUUUCAGAUACAAGUAAUUCUGAUUGUUUUGCAGAUCACAACGUCAAAGAUCGUGACAUCAAACUAAAGAAAGAAGAAGAUAAAGAAGAUGAACAUCUGAUACUUUCUGAUGUUGAUAGUUUCAUUUCUAGUGGAAAUGGAGAUAUGAAUGCAGGUCCUGAAAAUGGAGAGAUCAGUCAAAUUUGUUGCAGAGAAGAUGAAUCAUUUAUUCUCAUGAAUCUGUCUCCGCGGAUUAGUACUUACGAUGAUGAAGAUAUUGAUCGAUUACUACCUAUUGCAUUGAUCGAUUCUUCGACUAUUGAAAGCCAAAUAUCAAGUGUGGGGGAGGAAGUUCCACUGGCAAAGCAUGACCGUCUAAAUGGAACUUCGGAUUCUGAACCAGAGAUCAAUAAACAAGUCAAAUCAGUGAGUGAGGUUGAAGAGAAGACUAGCUAUGGAGUGACAGAAAAAUUGGAGAUUGGUGAGCUUGUGACCUCUUCAAUUCCAAUGGAUGAACAAGGCAUACAAGAUUUAGUUGCCGGGACAUGUCAUCAACUUGCAGUUAGUGAAGCAGCUCAAACCCCGUGCUCUGAUGACAACAAUGUCGAAGCACCAGCCAUUAAAGAAACAGGUGAAGAAGAUGAGGAAGAUGAAGAUUGUGGAUUGUUGGGUGAUGAAAACAAAUGCAUAAAUAAUAACAUUGAUCAAGGUUCAAAGCAAAUCCAGAGCGCUACCUCACAAGAAACAACAAUUUUGGCUUGUAAAGAUUGUGAAGGGAUAAACUCACAUUUAUCGGCAAAUUCAGAGCUCAGGAAGGUUGAGGAAGAGAAGUUUUACAUGGAUGAUCUUCGCAACCUGCAUAAGAAACUACAACUAUUUGAGAAAAGAGAAUCCGGAACAGAGGAGUGUUGUGAUGGGAGUGUUAUUAGUGAAAUGGAAGGCGGUGAUGGAGCCAUGACCACUGAAAACCUUAAAUCAGCACUAAAAGCUGAACGUAAGACUCUAAGUGCUUUAUACGCAGAGCUAGAAGAAGAGAGGAGUGCCGCUGCAAUAGCUGCCAAUCAGACAAUGGCUAUGAUAACAAGGCUUCAAGAAGAGAAGUCGGCAAUGCAAAUGGAAGCACUGCAAUAUCAGAGAAUGAUGGAAGAACAAUCCGAGUAUGACCAAGAGGCAUUGCAGCUUCUAAAUGAGAUCAUGAUAAAGAGAGAGAAGGAGAAGCAAGAGCUCGAGAAGGAGCUAGAAAUGUAUCGUAAGAAGGUGUUUGAUUAUGAAGCGAAAGAGAAGAUGACGAUGAUGAUGAGAAGAAAAGAUGGGAGUGUUAGAAGUAGAAACUCUUCUGCUUGUGGCAACGCUGAUGAAACUGAUGAGCUGUCCAUUGAUCUUAAUCGUGAAGGAAGGGAUGAAGAUAGUAGUAGCUUUUAUGAGCAUCAAGAAGGGAGUAACAUUAGUACUCCUAUUGGCGCAGAUUUAAAUUUGGAGGAAUUGGGGGUAGAUCCUGUGAAACAUUUGAGCACGCUUGAUGAAUCAUUGGCAGAAUUUGAGGAAGAGAGACUGUCGAUUCUAGAGGAACUCAAGGAAUUGGAGGAGAAGCUUUUCACAUUGGCUGAUGGUGAGGAACAGUCGUUUGGGGAUGUAAAAAAAUCAAUUGGGCAUUUUGCAGACUAUGAUGGUAAAGAUGAUGACCACUAUGAUUUUAGCAGUCCAAAAGAAAAUGGGGUUUCACAUGGGUUUUCGGGGAAUUCAAAUGGAGAACAUUCUCCAGAGAGUGAUAUAACGCAUUCCAAGGCAAAGACACUCCUUCCUCUUUUUGAUGAAGAAGGGGAGUUGAAUGAAGACUGGAUCGAAUCUGGUUCCAAAUUUGAUUCGGUGAACAAGAAACUUGCUAUCGAAGAGGAUGUAGAUCAUGUCUAUGAAAGGCUACAAGCACUUGAAACCGACAGGGAGUUCCUAAAGCAUUGCAUAAGCUCCUUAAAGAAAGGAGAUAAAGGAAUGGAUCUUCUUCAAGAAAUUUUACAACAUCUUCGUGAUUUGAGGACUGUGGAGCUACGUGCAAGAAACAUAUGUGACAGUCCUUUAUUGUGAUCUUGGCUACAAAUGGGAAGAUGAGAGAUUGACGGAGGACAUUCCUCGUAUCAUCUGUAUUACGAGGUAGACUUCAUAAUCGAAACCUGAAACAAUUUUGGGCCUUCAAUUAAUCCUAGUUUUUGAAGGUUUCCUUCAAUAUUACUUUAUUUCCAUAGAAAGGUGGAGAGGUGAAGUGUGUCAGUUUGUAUGUUGGCCUACGCAAGUUGCAAAACUUUCUUUGUUUUCCUUUGUGGGGGAUGACAAGCAAAGAUGGCUAACUGGCUGCACCGAUGUAUUUAAUUAGCGAGGGACAAGGUUGUUUUGAUUUGUAAAACAUGCAUACAUUAUAUCUAAAUGAAUGGGGUUUUGUCACUGAUGGAGCUGAUAGUAGCAGUGAGUUUGUUAUAUGCAUAUCAUGAAAGGUAAGACUAGUUUUCAUAUUACAUUUUGCCUCGAGCAAUGUAGUUGCCAAUUUUCCAUCUCUGAAAGUGAAAAACAUUAAUAUUUUUAACCC